AUGGCUGGGACAGAGGAAGCCGUCCCCUCGUCACCCUUCGGACUUCUGCUAGCAGAGGUCGUUCGCAUGCGACAAUCGAAUCUAAACGCAGCCAUCGAAGAUGUCGACUCCAUCAUCGAUCUACUCGUCGCCGCCCGGGAACAGGUCGCCAGUAACGAUGACGCUCACAAAAUUGCCAUGGCUAUGACGACUCUCCAAAAUCCAGUCAAGGCUCGCCUGGAGGCCAUAACGAAUGAUCUAAAGGAGGGAAGCAAGGCCCAAAGGGGUUUUGGCAAAGCGCUAGACAGAGCUCUUCCGCAUCGAGAGUUGCCCAUGGAGGCCGACGCCAUGGCCAAUCACCCCGAGUUGAUCAACCGAGCAAUAGCGAUGCAUCUGCUCCGAGAAGGCCAAUUUUCCGUGGCAUCCACUUUUCUACGCGAGCAGCACGAGCACCGUGAGCAGACCAACCAUUUAUCCGCGGCGGCCGGUCCCAAGACAGCACGGCUUGACGACGACGGCGACGAUGCCAUGAGCAGAUACGACGACGAGGACCAGGACGAGCAGGAGGACGAGCAGGAGGACCAGGACCAGGACCAGGACGAGGAUCAAGACAUGCAAGGCCUGCACUCAGAAGACCUCCAGGACAAGUUUUCUGAAAUGUACAGGAUCCUCGCCAAACUCAAGGCGCGAAACCUCGUGCCGGCUAUCGAAUGGGCCCGCGCCAACAACCCCAAGCUCGAGGCCAAGGGCAGCAACCUGGAGUUCGAGCUCAGCAAGCUGCAGUUCGUGUGGCUAUUCAAAGGCCCCCUGGUCAACGGCUUGCCCGACGAUGCCAACAACGGACAAUCCGGGGCGCUCUCGUACGCCCGCCAGCACUUUGGCCGCUUCCAGUCUCGCCACAUCAAGGAGAUUCAGCAGCUGUGUUGCGCCAUGGUCUACGCCUCGAACCUCGGAGAGUCUCCGUACCGCCGGAUAUUCGAAAUCGACUCGGCCUUUGACGACGUGUCCACGUCCUUUACGCGCGAGUUCUGCUCUCUGCUCGGCCUGUCAGCCGAGUCGCCGCUGUACAUGGCCGUCACGGCGGGAUCCAUUGCCCUGCCCCGCCUCAUCAAGUACACCACCUACAUGAAGGAGAAGAAGACGGAGUGGACGACGGAAAACGAGCUCGCGUUCGAAACACCCCUCCCGCCCUCCAUGAUUUACCACCCCAUCUUCGUCUGCCCCGUCAGCAAGGAGCAGACCACCGAGCAGAACCCGCCCAUGAUGCUGCCCUGUGGCCACGUCAUCUGCAAAGAAAGCUUGCACAACAUCGCCGCCAAGGGCGCGCGAUACAAAUGCCCGUACUGCCCAACAGAGGGACACUUGCGCGAUGCCGUCAAGAUUACUCUUUGA